AUGCCAGUUUUAAGGAAAGCUAGGUCUUUAAAAGGUUUUUCACAGGACAAAGAACCUGGUUCUCAUUCCUCUACGUCUUCUGCGCUAAGUUCUUCGGGUUUGUCUCCCUCUAAAUAUAGUUAUCAGACAGAUAUUUUGUCUAUUAAUGAUGAAGCGUCACAAACGUUAAAUGUUCGAGUAAAAGCAGUCCGUCAAAGGGCUCUGUCUACAUCUUCUGUGCUCUCUAAGAAUUCUAUUAAAAAUUUAUUAUUUGGGAAAGAAACAGGGGUUUCUAAAAAUAAAAUAUUAACUAUACCAUCUACAAUCAAUCUUUUGACAGAUACAUUUGCGCCAUUGUUGCCGUCGAUUAUUAACACUGCAAGUCCUAAAUUUACUUCACUUUUACCUACUUUAUCUGAGUCUUCUGUAUACAAAAAUUAUUUCUCUAAAACUUCAAAAAAGGAUGCAAAUUCUUCUGCAAUACCGGAACAUAUAAGUUUCAAACCGCAUUCUGCAAAUACUAAUUCUCAUUCUUUUGGACAUACGUUAACAUCUAUGUCCAAUAUGUUUCAUCCUCUUCAAAAAUCACUUUCAUCAUUUGAUAUUAAGCAUAUAGGUUCAAAAGAUAUUUAUGUUAAUAAUAUUAUUGAUGAUGUAUGGCCGCUGCUUUGCAUGAGGAUUUUUCCUCUUUUUAAUGGAGAGGGUCUUCUUAUGCCUGUGGAAAGUUUAAAUAAUCUUGUUAAAUUUCAUGUUAAGAAACGUUAUGCUGAGAAAAAAAUGAGGUUAUUAAUAGAGGAGUUGAAAAGAUUUAUAGAAGCUGGAAUAAAAUGUUUCGAUGUAAAUUUAUUAUCUCUUUCAGAUGAAAAAAUGAUUCUUCGACUUGUUGAAUUAUGGACUUUCUUUUUUAGUACAAUUCUUCCGUAUAUUGAAGCUAUUUUUUUGCCAUUACAAACGGAAUUUGAUGAUUUAGAAUGGACAAUUUGUACUUAUGGAAAUGACAUUCGGGAAAAUGAAAUCGAUUUAAAUAUAAGGCGUAUAACAUUAAUCAGAUUCAGAGAUAAUAUUAUUAUUCCACUUUAUGAAAGAUUAAAAGUUAUCUUUUUAAAAAUUCCAUUGAAUUUGGAUUUAGAACAAACGUUAACAGACACUGCAUCAAAACUUCUUCAAAGUAUUCUUAUUUUAGCAUCCGUUCAUUCUUUGGAUGAAAAGCAGAAAAAGAUAGAUAAUCUUACAAAAAUUUUAUGUCAUAAUUGGUUCAAAUCUGAACGUGUUGGAAGAAACCGCCGGGGUUUUAUUGCUAUGAAAAGCGAGUCUGAGUUUAUAAUAAACACUUGA